CAGCUGUGAGCGAUCGACGUUGGUCGGGAACCAAACACACACACACACCGCAACAGAUACCCCAACAGAGACACACGCAAGCGUAUAUACAGAUAUAUAUGCAUAAUUACAUACAUCGCAGUACAUGGGGGCUGCAUAAGAAACAAGUACAACAAAAUCACAAAUAUAUUUUCAGUGCAUUUAUAAAUUAAUAAAAUUUAACCAGUGCGAGUGUGAGAGUGAGAGACACGCACACCAGUAGACAAGCUCAUUACACGGACGCAGCGAACGUGAGUCUUGGAAUAUUGCAAACAAAAAACCAAAAGCAAAAAAAAAAAUAAAUAAAUAACGAGGAACCAGUUUCACCUUGAGGAGCAAUACCUAGUGCACACUCACACACGUGCACCGCAUAUGUGCAUCAGUGUGUGCCAAAUGAAACAGCCCGAUCUGACUGCGACUACAGUGCAUAUAUAGUACAUGUGUGGUACAUAGCACAUAAAUACAAAUACAUAUAUAAUUGGUGAUAAAGCCCUGGAGAAACCGAACCCUCCGCCUUAUCGGUAACCCCACUGCCUCUGUUUCUGCGACUAUGUUUAAGCGGGGAUCGGAAUCGGAAGAACUGCCCUGGGACACAGAUACCGAUAUCAUCGACACCGAUAUUGAGAUCGAAAUUGAGAUGCAGAUGCAUAUGCACAGGCCAGUCCAAACCCAAACGCACUGAAAGAUGAUAGCUAAGCCCAAUCAGGCCACCACCGAACCACCAUUGAGUUUUUGCCCCGGAACAGUGCCAACGGUUCCAGCAACCACCCCAGCGAAUCCAGCGAGUAUCCAGCCAAGGAAUCCAGCCCCAAAACCGGAGACACCCCGCACUCCGCCUGCGUCAACCCCCGAAACAGAAAACACACAAAGCCAGCCAGCUAUUACUCAUCCAGCGGCUGUGGCUUCGCCUUCCGCGCCUGUUGCUGCAGCUGCACCGAGAACCCCGAAGGCCCCGAACCCCCACACCCUCAACUCCCACCUCGUAACCCCCACAGUCACAGUCACACUCACACCCAAACCCAAAGCCCAAUCCCAAUCCCAAUACCAACACCAACACCAAUCCAAUAUGGACAUGGACGGCGAAAGAUCUCCGAGCCACCGCGGCCAUGAAAUGACACUGAACAUGAACGGCAUCGAUUCCAGCCUGGUGUUCGGAUCUGCACGGGUUCCUGUCAACUCCAGCACCCCGUAUUCGGAUGCAACUCGAACCAAGAAACAUUCUCCCGGCCAUAUUAAGCGACCUAUGAAUGCCUUCAUGGUGUGGAGCCAGAUGGAACGGCGGAAGAUCUGCGAGCGGACGCCGGACCUUCACAACGCCGAGAUCUCCAAGGAGCUGGGCCGCCGAUGGCAGCGCCUCAGCAAGGACGACAAGCAGCCGUACAUCAUCGAGGCCGAGAAGCUCCGGAAGCUGCACAUGAUCGAGUAUCCCAACUACAAGUACAGGCCCCAGAAGAAGCAGACGCGAUCCCCGGGAUCGCUGAAGCAGAAUCAGGACGCAGACAGCUGCGAAGCUAAAAAUGACACGCCCAACACCACACUGUCCACUCUUGCAAUUAAUGGAACCACCACUGCCGGUCGAAAAAGCAAAAGAUCUACCUCUACAUGUCAAACAGGUUCCGUUUCGAAACGAUUAAGGAACGACUCGGGUGAUACCCCCAGGGCCAAGUACGAGGUCAAGGGGGAGUCUGCAGAGCAGCACGACACCGUGGAUAUUAUACUACCCUCAGCCGAUAAUCUAUUAAGCUACCAAUCAUCUGAAUAUUUACCUCUAAGCACGAAUAGCAAUGCCGAUUGCGACGAAAAGCUACACUCAGACCUGAGCUCGGGUCCGCUGGAGUCGCGGGAUAAUCUGUCGGACGUGGUCCAAAGAUUCCUUCCACAGUUCUUCUUCCCCAGCAACGAGGACUCGCAGCUGGAGGUCAACUCCUCGUCGCAGAGCCACCACAACCAGUCGGAUCCCACCGCAGGAUUGAUAGACAGCAUCUCCGACAUCAGCCCCAUCAACCGCGAGGACAUGUCCAUGGAGGUGAUGCGGUAUCUGCCCUACCUGGAGGCGAAUCCCUCCAACGAUGGGCACACCCUCAAGGUGGAGUCCAGCCUGCUGGAUGGCUCCCUCAGCGAGCCCGUGUUCGACUCCGAGGACAACAUUGUGAACGAUGCCAACUUGCACUCGGCCAGCCAUCAAAUACCUCCAUAUGUGCCUGACAACCACGACUGCUUUGCGGAUGACUGCGGCGGGGACAACUCCUCGCACCAGGUGGAGUUCGAGGUGGUGCGGCCCCAGACGGUGACCAUGACCAUGACCUGCACCCUGCCCUACGGCGGACCGGAUGGUGGGCACACAUUCCAGAACGACGACUUCAACCCGAUCCCGUCGGCCGCCGAGGACAGCGACUGCAGCAUACUGACCACCUCCAACUCGCCGCAGAUCGGCUUCAACGGGAGCAGCUUCGUGGAGGCGGACGCCAUCGAGAGCACUUGUACAUACACCCAACAAGACUACACCGGAAAUGUAAUUGAAACACACAAUGAUCUCAACUACGCCGCACAGGAUAACAACGGAGCUCUGCUAGCCUACACAUUUGAGGACCUGCCUCCUCAGCCAACCGGUAGUCAUUUAGAAUUUAACACUAACAAGUACGAGUUUGCAAGUUAUUAUAAAAUGUGA